CGAUCCCACUCAUACCUCCGUCUAAUCUCCGCCGCCGCCCUUCGUUUCCCUCCUCCCUCACCACAACCACAACCACAACCACCACCUAUCCCUAUAGCCAACAGAAAGACACCCCCAAAGAACCCAAGUGAGAGGCCACCCAACAUGCCCCCGACCUCCGCCUCCCCGGCCAAAAAACGCAUCAUCCUCGAGAAAUCCCGCACGGUGCGCCGGCGGUACCAGCGCAGCAACCAACGGUUCCAGUUCACGGCGUCGCAGAUCGCGCGCAUCGAGCGCGAGCAGGAGCGCGAGCGCCGGGCGCAGCAGCUGCGCGACCGCGACCGCAAGCGCGUCGCCAACAAGAAGAAGAAGGCCGAGAAGGCGGCGCGCGACCGCGAGGAGCGCCGGCGGCUCGGCUCCAUGGGCCUGCCGGAUCCGAAUGCCCCUGUCGUGCCGUCGAGUCAGCCUUCGUUGUUGAGGUUUAUUCGGAAGCCUGCACCGCCGAUUUUGGGUGGUGAGGGGAUGGGUGAGGAUGAAAAUGGGGGUGUGGAUGGUGAUGAAGUUGAGAGUGUUGAUGAUGAUGAUGAUGAUGAUGGGGAUAUUUUGGGGGAGGGUGCGGAGUUUGAGGACGUUGAUCUUGAGGGGUGGGAGUGUGGGUCUGUUACGGAUGCGGAGGAGGGUGUGGUUCAUGGUAUAUUGGGGGAGGACGAGGUGGAGGGUGGUGUGCAGGUUGAGAAGGGUGAGGAUGCUGCGCGCGCUGUUGGUGCUGCUGCGGCGGAUCACACUACCGAUACGGAUGAUGAGUUUGGCUGGGAGGAGGACCUUGCAGAGGUUGACGAGUUCUCUGAUUGCUCCAUCUUCGAUGAUGAGGACAUCAUCAAAAAGAGUGAGGCCGUGGCGGCUGAGGUGUUGGUCACGAAGGAUGUUGGAGAUACCCUGAGUGCGGGCGCCGAUGCGAUAGACACGAUUGCGCUGAAGACGAAUGCGAUAGACACCAAUGCAAUCAACGCCGAUGCGAUAAACACGAAUGCGAUAGACACUAAAAGCGCAGACACUGUGGAAAAACCCCACGCCGAGCCUUUGACAGUGCAAGGCGCUAUACCUGCCUCGUCGGCAGGCGAUUCAUUUCAGGACGACACAGCCAUUUUGUUGGAGCAAUUGGGCCACGAGUUCGACACCGAUGAGGAGUUCGAACAGGCAUUGGUUGCAUUGGAUGCUGUGUGAGAACUGACAAUGUAUAACUGACAGACUAAAAUUGGACACUGUGCACUAACUAAUGCAAUGUCGUCUUCCGAACCGACGGGCGAUCCGCGCACGUCGGAUGGCGGCCCUGGGCGGGAGCCCCUCGUCGGGUCGGGCGGUGAUAAGCUGAGCGGCUUGCGUUCCCCGCCCGCCCUCCUCAUCUCCAAAUCAUCCGACGGAUUCUUUUUGCCUGGUACUUGGUACUUGGUACUUGGUACUUGGUACUCGGAGCAGGUGGAUGAUCGGGGCGACACGACAC